AUGCCUCGUGAAGAGCGUUAUCGAUGUUUCUGGUGCAAGGGACAAAUCAAUCCUGAUGACUCUGUUUGUGGGACUUGUCGAAGACGGUAUGAUCGAUGGCGAAAAGCUAUGCAAAAUGAUUUCGAUCACCUUGAUGUACCAGUAAAUAAAACGGACCCGCAAGAGAAUGAAGAGCCUAUAUUUCGUGAUACUGUUAACACGCGAAAUCGACUUGGUCUUCAAGUUGCUAUGCAUGGUUUUCUAUAUAAUGAAAAGCAGCUCCCUGCUGAUGAAGCUAAUCGAACUUGA